CGAAAAUUCUCUAACAACUUUAUUCCCAAAGGGAAAUUAAAUAAAUUUAACACCACCAGACGGCAUUUGGUCCUUUGAUUUAUAAGAGUGCUUUUGUGUUCAGAUGCAGGUAGGUCACCUGCAGUUUGACUAGAGAAAAUUAUUAAAUAUGCCUUUUAGAAAUGUCACAUAUUAAGAGAGGGAAAAUGAAAACACCAGACAACUUGUACAUUUUGUCCAUGGACUGGUCAAAGAUAUAGGAGGGAGCCAGUGGAUGUAGAUGUAGAACUGGGUGGUGUCUCUAUCUUCUUGGUUCUAGUCAGAACUCCAGCAGCAGCGUUCUGGACCGUUGGUUUCAUAGUCAGACCUGUGAAGACGCUAAAGAUGUGGACUAUUGUGCAAUAUAGUUGAGUAAUUCAGUUCAGAGAAUGUACAUUAAUGUUUGGCUACAUUUAAUAACUUAAAUAUUAGUUUAUUAUGGCCAUUAUUAGUUUAAUACCAAGUAGUAGUUUUGGUGGAGUCACUUAGUUUUUCCUUUAAUCUUUGCAUUUUAUGGUGUACAAAAAAGCAAUGUCCUGAAAUAUUUACAGAAGUUAAAUAUUCAGCCUCUGCCUUAGUCUCAGAAAAACUGGUCUUGACUCCAUGCCUGUUUUAUAGUAAUGGAUUAUCUUGGACACAAGACUUUAUGUAAACAGAUUGAUUUGUUUGGUUUUUGAGUGUGUAAAUACUAGAUGUCCUAGUACAAUCACUUAGCAUGAGCUGCUUUGUAAUUUUUACUAAUUUGGAUUUACAGUGCAGAACAGCAGGAAACCCCACAGAAACACAAAUAUGUUGAAAGAACUUACGUCAUUAAGAAUAAAAAUUUAUCUUCAUCUUUUAGUAUUUGGUUUAGUUUUUUUCAUAUUUCAUUUAAAAGUGUUGCCCCAUGUUCAGUGAGCUGAAUUUAAGUUAUUUUGCUUUUUUCCAGGGAUGACACUGUGGGACCAUGCUGACCUUCUAAAACACAUGAAAGAAAGGCCACAGAACUUUAAUAACUUUGCCAUAAGUACCUCUGAAUCAACUGAGGCCAAAUAUUCAUCACUAGAUAUUAAAGGAUCACUAAAGGCAAGUGUCUUAAGCGGAACUGUUGAAAUUGCAGGAUCUGCCAAAUACCUGAAUGAUGACAAGACCUCCAACCGCCAAGCCAGAGUAACGCUGUCAUAUCUUGCAAGCACAAAGAUCCAGGAGCUAUCUAUGGAUCAUCUUGGUGAAGACAACAUGAAGCAUCCUGAGGUUUUUGAGAAGGAACUAGCAACACAUGUAGUCACAGCUAUUCUCUAUGGAGCACAGGCUUUCUUUGUGUUCGAAAGGGAUGUUUCUGAGAAGGAAAACGUCACUGAAGUUCAGGGAGACUUUAAAGUUGCACUUUCAAAAAUUCCAAAAGUUACAGGAGAAGCUGCUGUUUCAGGUAAAACAACAAGCAAAGAAAUAAAAACUGCAGAGGGAUUCACCUGUAAGUUUUAUGGAGAUAUUUUUCUUAAAGAAACUCCUGUAACAUUUCAGGAUGCCAUUCAAGUUUAUCAAAAUCUGCCACAGUUACUGGGAGCAAAUGGAGAAAAUGCAGUCCCAAUGAAGGUGUGGAUGUUGCCUCUCACGGUUUUUAACCCUUCAGCUGCUAAACUGGUCAGAGAAAUAAGUGUAGGCUUAGUUCAAGAAGCCCAGUGGCUCUUGGAGGACUUCAAACAGCUGGAUGUCAGGUGCAAUGAUGCACUAAAAGCCAUUGCCACGAAGUUUCCACAGAUUGGUCAAAAGCUUAAACACUUUAAAGAAAUGUGCUCCAACACCAAGUUGGAAUUCCAAGCGGAUCUUACUGAGAAACUUCCAUCAAUCCGAGGAGGAAAAGAAACAGAGGUGGAGCUGGCAGAGAUCCUGAAGAAGAGAUUUUCUUCUCCUUUCAACAACAAAAGCCUGAACCAGUGGAUGGACUGUAAAGAGAAAGAAAUCUACAUGCUAAAUGCUUUGACUAGCAAGAUGAAAAAUACAAAGCUGAUGACAUCUCAUAAUGAUAUCUAUGGUGAAAUGUUCUGUAAAAAGUAUGUUGCAUGCUUUAUGUUCAUGUCACUGGGAAACGAUGAAGAAUUUCUAUCAGAUUUCUGUAAAAGCAAAAAACCAACAACAACAGAGACUGAGCUCAAUGGUGAUUCUCAGCGAACAUACGAUAUAGAGAAGCAACAAUGGUUCUCCUCAAGAGCAAUAACAGAGAAAAUGUGGACAAAAGCCAAACGCUUCCAUGAUUUUGCAGAAGCCAACAAGGAGAACAAGGAGAUGAAGUUCCUGGCUGCAAGUUUAACUGAUGAUAACCAUGAAGGUCCAACCAUCUACCUUUAUGAAGAUGGCUUCCUCAUCAAUGAGAACUUUGAGCCUCCUUCAGUACCUGAAACUGUGACAGCUGCUGAUGUAACCCACAGCAGUGUGACUCUGAAGGUUUCUCCUCCCAGGUUUGGAGCAGAGAGCGUCACCUCCUACUCUGUGGAGUUCUGUGUCAGAGGACAAGAUGGAUGGAGACAACAGAGUGAACCAAAAUCUGGAGAAAUCACAGUGACCCACCUGCAGCCAAACACAGAGUACGUGUUCAGAUGCAGAGCUGUGACCUCAGCAGGUGUUGGACCGGCCAAUGAAGUCAGUGAUCCCAUCAGAACAUCACCUCCCUCCACCCAGGAAUAAGUUCACUGAUUGGGACGAAAAAUAAGGGAACUACUUUGUGUCAAAUUUUAAUUAAUCAAGUUUGAUGGAUUAAAAUGCCACGCCCAAAUCAAAUAUCGAUAAAUCGAUGCUAUCGCACAGGAACAUCUGUUAAAUCUGCAUCAUAAAAUGCUUAUCGUAUAAAACAUCUGUUUUAAUAAGUUUAUAUAAAAUGCUUAUCCUAUAAAAACAUCUGUUUUGAUUUAAAUUAAUUUCUUAUCAAUAUAAAACAGACAGGAUUCUGGAACCUUCUCUUAAAUCAAAUGGUGACCCAGCCCACUUUUAUUAGUUUAUGUUUGAAUGGACCAAUAGAGAUAAAGGGGUGGGAUUUCUGUUUUUCUGCUUUAAAUAUGUUUCGGAGGCCCUGUCAUUCUACUUGUUGCAUUUGGGAGAGAAAGAACCACUUUGCUCUGACAGAAAAAAAAAUGGUUCGCAUUAAAAGAGAAAAGCCUCCAAAGAGAAGACAUCAGGAAACCAAUCGACUGCCAUGUGCCUCAUCUGCAGAUGGACAAACCAUCACGAGACCCUGCUUCAUCACUGAUGCUUCAUCCUCUACACUCCUGGAUAGAAAUCUGAUCCUACCUCCAUCAGCAUUCGAAUCCUCAAUUCAGCACGAGAUUCCCACCUUCCAGGACUCCAAGCAUCCUCCACCGCCUGAUUCCUCUGGAUCACCCCCUGCGUCUUCUGAAACUCCUUCAUCCGGCGUGGGAAAAAAACGACACCGCACAGUGUUACCCAGUGGGACAUCGCUCCUUUGUGAGACACCAGUCUCUGUUUAUGAGAACCCAGACCGCACAUUGGGUGCACCACGCAAGGCCACCUUUUUUCUGUGCCGAGUGCAGAAGCCAUCAUGCCAUGUCCUGCAACAGGAGUGGUCAUUGAAACCUUAUGGAAUGUCUGGAAAAUGGGGAUACCUUUUUCGUUAUGAAACCGGAGAACUCUCUGUGUACCAGCUCGAGGAAGAAAAAGAACAACUAACAGCCUCAUCAGUGACAUGCAAUCUGACCUACAACGACUGGGCAGUGUUAAGGUUGGCAGUUCCUCGCAAGAGAAAAUCAACCCCACAACCAGAGGAUGAUAAAGAAAGACAAGAAGAAGGAAAAGAAGAAGGUGAGGAAGGAGAAAUUAAAGUUUCCCCUCCACCUUUCAAGCAAGCUAAACUGCAACCCUUUCCCUCUGAUCCUGAACUUGCUAAAGGUAAGAUUAUCUUUAGCGCUGUCUGGGAAAGCAAAACUACUCCAUCUGGGCGCUGGUUUUUACGCGCCAGCAUCCGUGAGAUGAACUCGGACACUACCUGUGACCUGUUUGUGCUGGAAACUUUCAAUUCAGACACAGGAAUAUUCAGGACCAUGGUGGCUGUCCCGUUUCAGGUAUGGUCAGAUAAAAUCUGGCAAGUUGGAGAUCUGAUCUCCAACUUGUUUCGAAGCUCCCGCACUUGGAUGGAUAUUUUAACUGUCAAGAAAAGAUUGAGAUUUUUAGCUCCGCCUCCAGAGCCAACCUCCUCUGAGGACCCACCCCCUCACCACUCUAUAUAAUGAGAGGAUUUCAGUGGGGAGGCCUGCCACAGACCAUCUUCUGCUCAUCAGGGGAGCUGGACUUACCAUGAAAGAAAGAAAAAAAGGCAACCAGCAGACUUUGGAUGCAUACUGGGACCCUAUCAAAAAGGUCUCACAAGGAGUCUUCACCCCUC